AGAAAGAAAGAGAAGGAAAGAAAGAGAGAGAGAGAAAGAAAGAAAGAAAGAUCCAAUGAAAGGGAAAAAAGAGUGAGUGAAAAUAUAAGAAAAGAAAGAAAGAAAGAAAGAAAGAAAAGAAAGAGAAAAGUUACCAAUAUAAUUUCCGAGACUUUUUUUUUUACAUUUUCUUUCAAUUAUUUUUUUACGAAGAUGAAAAAUUAAAGAAAAAAAGAAAGAAGAAAAAGAAAGAGUGAAAAAGAAAGAAAGUGGACCGGAAGUGGAAGACAAGAUGAUUUUAAAGUGGUGGUGAACAUCCUCCUCCUCCUCCUCCUCCACCUCCUCCUCCUCCUCCUCCUAUGCAGAUGGCAAGAAGUACAAUAUUCGUGGUUUGGGUGGUGUUGUUGCUGGCGGGGACCCGAGGGGUACGCGGCGUCCCCCUCAGAGGUCACAGCGGGGUCAUCUUCGGCACAGAGUUCCUGCGAAUCCUGGACGACGUCGGGGAAAAGAGCUUCGACAGCGCCCGCGAAGUGUCCCCGCAGGAAUUCACGGCUGGAGAGGUCGAGCCGCAUAACGUACCAAGGGGAAGAAGCUAUGAUCGAGUGUCCGAAGAUCUCCCGCUGGAUUUCACGGCUGGGGAGACCGAGCCGCAUAACGUAGCAAGGGGCAGAAGCUCCGAUGCUGGGUCUCAAGUCUUGCCGCAGGAAUCCACGGUUGGCGACAUCGACCCCGCCGAAGAAGGUCUUGAAAGAUCGGCGUCUCUUGGUCGCCGACUGUCCCCAGAGGUCGGCGCGCCAGCCACUGACGAUAGGUUAAGUCACAGACAUUCCCGUAGGUUAGAUUCUGGUAGGUUUGCUUCUCUUCCUCCUUCCUCUUCCUCCUCCUCCUCCUCCUCUUCCUCCUCCUCAAGGGCAGCUGUCAACCGCGUGGCACAGAAGCGGAACAAACCAAAGCUAGAUACAGUGAGAUCUUCCUCCUCCUCUUCACCGUCUCUUUCCUCUUCUUCCUCCUCCUCCUCUUCACCUUCUCUUUCCUCUUCUUCCUCCUCCUCCUCCUCCUCUCUUGCUCCCGAAGAUGACUACGACUACUUGAUGUACUACUACGACGACCUCGGCGACUUUUACCGCGAGAACGACAUGACGGCGGUGGUGGGCGGUGGUGAGGCCGCCGCCGCCACCACCACCACCACACAGGAACCCUCCACCUCCACCAGCACCACCACACAGGAGCCCUCCACCUCCAUCACCACUACACAGGAGUCCUCCACCUCCACCACCACACAGGAGUCCACGACCUCCACUACCACCACCACAGACGUCCCCCACUCCACCACCACCCCAGAGCCCCCUCCCUCCGAUUCCCCCACCACACCAGAGCCCUCCACCCCUGGUCCCGGCCCCAGCCAAGGCCCCAGUCCCGCCCCCAGGGUGGCCGCUGCACCCCGCACCUUCCGCUACACCACGCCGGGGCCCAAGGUGCCUGGGGGCGGGGGGCGGGGCGGGGCGCGCCGCGCCAACAAGGUGCAGGACACGCGGGGCCGCUCCUCCUCCUCCUCCGUGGUGGUGGAGGUGCGGGUGGAGUCCCCAAGUCGAGGCGCUGACGCCCCCGCCACCACAACCACCACAACUACCACGCCUUCCACCACCGCCACCCUCCCCGCGCGGCCCCGUGCCAGGCAGGCCUCGGAGGGUCGCCUCGCCAGCCACCUGCUGACAGACUCCUUGACGGUGCAGGUGCCCGACGCAGCCCCCACCACCACGGCGGCGGCCACCACUGCAGCCCCGACCACCACAACGACGACAACCAGCACCACCCCGGCCACCGACACCACCUUCCCGCCCCGGGAUGGUGGGGGUGAGGGGGAGGUGGUGGGGCAGAGCGUCGUUGCCUCUGUGUCACGCUCCGGCGCCCCGGGUGGCGGCGGGGCGUCGGGGGAGAAGGCAUCGCGUGCCGCCUCGGCGCGGAGCCUGGCGGGGACCCCGGCGGCUCAGCAGGGCCUGGCGCCGCAGGGCGUUGCGCCGUUCGGCGAGGCCCCGGAGGCCCAGCAGGGUCCGGCGCCGUUGGGCGUCGCACCAUUCGGCGAAGCUCCGGAGGGCGUGACGCCCUUUGGCAGCGCCCCCAGCGGCGUGGCGCCGCAGGGCGUCAUCCCCGGAGGCGUGCUCCCUCAGGGUGUGGCGCCGGGCGGCGGGCUGCGGCUGGUGGACGCCAGCGUGGGCGGGGGCGGCGCGGCGGAGGCCAACAGCACGGUUGGCUACGUGGUGGAGGAGCGCAACGUGAGCCGCUUCCGCCUGGAGGAGAAGACGCCCGAGGGCUACAUCGAGGGCGAGUACGGCGUGGUGGACCACCGCACCGGCGACGUGCACGGCGUGCGCUACACGGCGGACGGCACGGCGGACCCCGCGCUCAUAUACGACGCCCUCAUGAAGUUCCUCCGACUCUAGCGGCCACACACACACACACACACACACACCACGCCUGCAACACACACACACACACACACACACACCACGCCUGCAACACACACACACACACACACACCACGCCUGCAACACACACACACACACACACCACGCCUGCAACACACACACACACACACACACACACACCACGCCUGCAACACACACACACACACACACACACACACACCACGCCUGCAACACACACACACACACACACACACACACACACACACACCACGCCUGCAACACACACACACACACACACACACACACACACGUCUCCGCACAGUUCGUUUUGAUUGUUUUCCUUUUUUCUGUUAUUAUCGUCAUUGCUAUUGUUAUUUA